ACAUAUAUAUUAUCAUUUAUUUAUUUUUCAACAAUUUAUUACAAUAUUUUUUAAUCAACAAUUUUAACAAACGAUUAAUAAAAAUUAAGAAUAAUCUUGAUCAACUAAACAGUUCAAAGUGCAUUAGGAUUCAUGUACAUGUGAACAUUGACGCAUUUAUGUACGCACACAUAUACAUGUGAACUUUGUACACAUAUAUAUCUUGAAGGGUUGCGCAUACUAGAAAAUAUCUAACAGCUGGCAGCACGACACACAGGAGUGGCAGAUCAUGUAAGGAAUUUUCAUUGGAAAACAAUAUUAGUUGAAUUUGUGUGCAAAAGGACUGGCAAGAUAAUAUUAGAAGAAUUGUCAGGAUAGGCAGACGUAGGCAGAACAGUGGGGGUGGGGGUGGGAGAUUCAGAGGCGGUAUGACACGACCUCCUAAUAAUGACAACCUUAAGACUUUCAAAUUGGUCGUGGUUGGAGAUGGAGGAGUUGGAAAAAGUGCAUUGACCAUACAGUUCUUUCAAAAAUUAUUUGUCACCGACUAUGAUCCUACCAUCGAGGACAGUUACAUUCAACAUACCGAAGUGGAUAAUCAAUGGUGUAUUCUAGAUGUGCUAGAUACAGCAGGCCAGGAAGAGUUUAGUGCAAUGCGUGAACAAUACAUGAGGAAGGGUGACGGAUUUUUAUUGGUAUAUUCUGUAACCGAUAAACAAUCGUAUGAAAAUAUUGUCAAUUUUCAUACACAAAUUCUUAGAGUUAAAGACAGAGAUGUUUAUCCGAUGCUUCUUGUUGCCAAUAAAGUUGAUUUAGUACAUUUAAGAAAAGUAACAGAAGAACAGGGACGUGAAUUGGCACAACGUUUGGGUAUUCCUUAUAUUGAAACAUCUGCCAAAGAUCCACCUUUAAAUGUGGACGAUGCGUUUCAUGAAGUUGUACGAAUAAUUAGAAAUCAACCACCAGCUGAAUUGGAAAAAAAUCGUCGAAAACGAAGACGUACUGGAAAGUGCAAUGUUCUUUAAGUAUUCAUGGUAAUAUUAUUGCAAAAGGAGUCAAGGUUUUGUUACCUAAUAAUAUUUUAAGCACACACUUUAAUCAUAAACAAAACAAACAAACAAACAAAAAAUAUGCCACUAAAAGCUGAAUUAGUUUUAAUCACCGAUAAUACGUAUUCAAUUUUGUAUUUAAUAUUCGCAGUACUAUAUGUAUAUAUAUGUAUAUGUAUUUUAGUCUGUUUGUUGUAUUAUCGAUCAAUGCUUCUUCAACAUUAUGAUGAGUUUUAUGAUGUGAUAUCUGACUGGGAUAUCUGACACUGACUCAAAAAAAGAAAUAUGGCAUAGUUGUAAAUCACUUUCGUCUCUCAUUGAAUUCUGCAUUGAUUUUAGAAACUAUUGAAAAAUGAAAUUACAUGAAAAUAUUGGUCAUUUUAAUCUUCUGUGUAAAAUACGAGAAGAGACUUAUGGAGGAGGGGGCGGGGGCGGGCGGGGUCUUCAUUCUUCCAUACACAUCAAUUUUCUACCAUCGAUAAUGUAACACGGAAUUGAACGUUUUUUAUUGCAUAAUUAUAGGGAAGGGUUUUUAUAACUUCUCCUUGUAAAAAAAAAAAAAAAAAAAAAA